AUCGCAACGAAAACCCUCCGUUUUGGGAGAAAUCAGAAUCAAAAUAAUCGUUUGUCGAGAAUCAGAAGAAUAAUAAGGAAGAGAUGUCGACGGUAUACGUUUUGGAACCGCCGACGAAGGGGAAGGUGGUGGUCAACACAACGCGGGGCCCACUCGACAUCGAGCUAUGGCCGAAGGAAGCACCCAAAGCUGUCAGGAACUUCGUUCAGCUCUGCAUGGAAGGUUACUACGACAACACCAUCUUCCACCGCGUCAUCAAGGACUUUCUUGUUCAGGGUGGUGAUCCCACCGGCACCGGCACUGGAGGUGAGAGUAUUUAUGGGGAUGUUUUUGCCGAUGAGUUUCAUUCGCGUCUGAAAUUCAAGCACAGAGGAUUGGUUGCAAUGGCCAAUGCUGGGCCACCUAAUUCAAAUGGGAGUCAGUUUUUCAUUACCCUUGACCGUUGUGACUGGCUUGAUCGGAAGCAUACUAUUUUUGGAAAGGUAACAGGAGAUACAAUGUAUAAUCUUUUAAGGCUGGGUGAAGUUGAAACUGAUAAAAACGACCGGCCUUUAGAUCCACCUCCAAAGAUAUUAUCAGUUGAGGUAUUAUGGAACCCAUUUGAAGAUAUUGUGCCAAGAAAUCUUCAGACUAAAGCUACACCUGUUACAGAAAAUAAAGGUUUGAAGACAAAGGGUGUGAAAAAAUUGAACUUGCUUUCGUUUGGGGAAGAAGCUGAAGAAGAAGAAAAGGAAUUGGCAUUGGUGAAGCAAAAGAUUAAGAGCAGUCAUGAUGUCUUGAAUGAUCCUCGUCUUUUGAAGGAAGAAACUCCCAACAAUGAAAUGAGUAAAGCAACAAGGGAUUUGCAGUUAACUGUAAGAGAUGCACUAAAAACCAAGAAGGAAGAGCCUCGGAAAGAGUUAGAAACUAGUAAAAUUGAUUCAAGUGAUGACGACGACGACGACGAAGACGAUGGCAAUGAAGCAGAUUUUGAUGCAAGAAUGCGCAGGCGAAUACUGAAAAAGCGGAAGGAGUUGGGUGACCUUCCUCCCAAGCCAAAGGUGCAAAAUGGAAGAUCCAGUCCAGAGCGCCGGGAUAUUUCAGCAGCCAGGUCAAAUGCUUCACGGGUGGUUGAUGAUGAUGAUGAUGAUAAACCGAGGGCGGAAAAGUUGUCCUUGAAGAAGAAGGGAAUAGGGUCUGAAGCAAGAGCUGAACGUAUUGCUAAUGCUGAUGCAGAUUUGCAGCUACUGAAUGAAGCUGAGAGAGGAAGACAGUUGCAGAAACAGAAGAGACGCAGAUUACAAGGGCGUGAAGAUGAUGUUCUUGCCAAACUCGAGAAAUUCAAAAAUUCCUUAUCAGCAAAGUCGGCACCCAAAGCCAGUGAAUCUACUGAUGUUGUUGAUGACAAAGAACUGUCUGACUGGAAAAGUGUUGGCUUAAAAUUUGCCCCGGAGUCUGGCAAGGAUCGCAUGUCUCGCAACGAAGACCCGAACAUUUAA